GUAGCCGGACUCUGUGUCUGGGCUAGAGCGAGAGGGACGGGAGGGCCCGAAUCGCUGUCACGUCCCGGGCGGGGGCCAUGGGGGAAGCGGCCCUGGGCGUUCUCGACGCUGACUGAGAGCGGCUCCCGCUACCGCAGGAGGCGCCAUGGACCGAGCCGCCGCAGCCGGGGACCAGAAUGUCAAGCUGUCUGCCGAAGUAGAGCCAUUUGUUCCUCAGAAAAAGACUCCUGAUACACUUAUGAUCCCAAUGGCACUUCCAGGUGACAGUGGAAGUGUGGGUGGAGUGGAACCAGCUCCAAUUCCCAGCUACCUGAUAACUUGUUAUCCCUUUGUGCAGGAAAACCAGUCUAAUAGACAGUUUCCACUAUAUAACAAUGACCUACGAUGGCAGCAACCAAAUCCAAAUCCUCCAGGGCCAUACCUUGCUUAUCCCAUUAUAUCUGCUCAGCCACCUGUUUCUACAGAAUAUACAUACUACCAGUUGAUGCCAGCUCCAUGUGCCCAAGUUAUGGGAUUUUAUCAUCCUUUUCCUACACCUUACUCGAGCACCUUUCCAGCAGCAAAUACUUUAAAUACUAUUCCCACAGAAUGCACAGACCGUCCAAAUCAACUUGGACAAGUCUUUCCACUGUCCAGCCACAGAAGUAGAAGUAGUAACAGAGGUCCUGUUGUGCAGAAACAGCAGCAGCUUUUACAGCAACAUGUAAAAAGUAAAAGGCCACCAGUAAAAAGUGUAGCUACUCAGAAAGAAACCAGUGCAGCAGGACCUGAUAAUCGGUCAAAAAUUGUGCUUCUGGUGGAUGCUGCCCAGCAAACAGAUUUCCCAUCAGACAUUGCUAAUAAGUCUCUUUCAGAGAGUACUUCUACAAUGCUCUGGAAAUCAAAAGGAAGAAGGAGAAGAUCAUCCCACCCUACAGCAGAAUCCUCUAGUGAGCAAGGAGCUAGUGAAGCUGACAUUGACAGCGACAGUGGUUACUGCAGUCCCAAACACAGCAACAAUCAGGCUACAGCGAUGACUUCCAGAAAUACUGAUUCUGGUACAAUUAAUCUUGUGGAACCAUCAUUAUGUUCAGGUGGAACAAGUUGGUCCAAUGUAACUUCUCAGGCAACUCAGAAAAAACCUUGGAUGGAAAAAAAUCAGCUGUUUUCUAGAGGUGGAAGGCAAACUGAGCAAAGAAAUAACUCACAGGUUGGGUUCAGAUGCCGUGGACAUAGUACGUCCUCAGAAAGAAGACAAAGUUUGCAGAAGAGACAAGACAAUAAACCAUUAAGCGGCCAAUCUCACAGAGUAGAACCAACUCCUGACCCAUUAUAUUUUGAGGAUGAAGAUGAAUUUACAGAGCUGAAUGAGACUGCAAGUGCUAAAGAUGAGAACAUUCAACAAAAGAUUUCUGCAAAAGUCUUGGAUGACUUACCUGAAAAUUCACCAAUUAACAUAGUUCAGACUCCAAUUCCUAUUACAACCUCUGUACCUAAACGUGCAAAAAGUCAAAAGAAGAAGGCUUUAGCAGCAGCACUUGCCACAGCUCAGGAAUAUUCAGAGAUCAGUAUGGAGCAAAAAAAAAUACAGGAAGCUUUAUCAAAGGCAGCGGGCAAAAAGAGUAAGACUCCUGUGCAGCUUGAUUUAGGGGAUAUGUUAGCAGCUCUGGAAAAGCAACAGCAAGCAAUGAAAGCUCGGCAGAUCACAAACACCAGACCAUUGUCAUAUACAGUGGUCAGUGCUGUUCCUUUACAGUCUAAAGAUUCUGCCAACAGAAAGCCUUUAACCAAAAGUCAACCCUGUUUGGCACCUCUUAACCCUUUGGACACUACUUCCCCCAAAAUUAAAAGAGGAAAAGAGAAAGAAAUUGCAAAACUUAAACGACCCACAGCACUUAAAAAGGUUAUUCUGAAAGAGAGAGAGGAAAAGAAAGGGCGUUUCACUGUAGACCGUAGUCUUCUGGGAUCUGAGGAGCCAAUAGAGAUGCCUUUAGAUUUUAUUGAUGAUUUGCCACAGGAGAUUGCCUCCCAGGAAGAUACUGGACUAAGUAUGCCUAGUGAUACUUCACUCUCUCCAGCAAGUCAGAAUUCUCCAUACUGCAUGACACCUGUGUCUCAGGGCUCUCCUGCCAGCUCAGGGAUAGGCAGUCCAAUGGCAUCUUCAGCAAUUACCAAAAUCCACAGCAAAAGAUUUAGAGAGUACUGUAAUCAGGUUCUCUGUAAAGAAAUUGAUGAAUGUGUGACUCUGCUUCUUCAAGAGCUUGUUAGUUUUCAGGAGCGCAUUUACCAAAAGGAUCCUGUAAGAGCAAAAGCAAGAAGACGUCUAGUUAUGGGCCUUCGGGAGGUUACCAAGCAUAUGAAGUUAAACAAGAUCAAGUGUGUUAUUAUUUCUCCCAAUUGUGAAAAAAUACAGUCAAAAGGUGGCCUAGAUGAGGCACUUUAUAAUGUUAUAGCUAUGGCACGGGAACAAGAAAUCCCUUUUGUCUUUGCACUUGGACGGAAAGCUCUAGGCCGCUGUGUAAACAAGCUGGUGCCUGUCAGUGUUGUCGGGAUAUUCAACUACUCUGGUGCUGAGAGCUUGUUUAAUAAGUUGGUAGAACUGACUGAGGAAGCCAGGAAAGCUUAUAAAGACAUGGUGGCUGCAAUGGAACAAGAACAGGCUGAGGAAGCCUUGAAGAAUGUUAAGAAGGUACCCCACCACAUGGGCCAUUCCCGGAAUCCCUCUGCAGCAAGUGCAAUUUCUUUUUGCAGUGUUAUUUCUGAACCCAUCUCUGAAGUAAAUGAAAAGGAAUAUGAAACAAAUUGGAGAAACAUGGUGGAAACCUCAGAUGGACUGGAAACAUCCGAAAAUGAGAGAGAUGCUUCAUAUAAAGUCAUUGCACCUGAAACAUCCAAUAAAGUUCCAAAUGACAAGGUUCCUGUUAAUAAGCAGCUACCCUCAGUGACUACCAGCAGCACUGCCUCAACUAUAAACCCUGGGAAAUGUACAGUGAGUGACAAAGAAGAAGUGAAACCAGAUGACCUAGAGUGGGCAUCACAGCAGAGUACAGAGACAGGGUCUUUGGAUGGGAGCUGUCGAGAUAUUUUGAAUUCUUCUAUCACCAGCACCACAAGUACUCUUGUACCGGGGAUGCUUGAGGAAGAAGAGGAUGAAGAUGAUGAUGAUGAUGAAGAUUACCCCCAUGAACCCAUAUCUGUAGAAGUGCAGCUCAACAGUAGAAUUGAAUCAUGGGUCUCAGAAACCCAGAGAACUAUGGAAACCCUUCAGCUUGGGAAAACCCUUAAUGGAGCAGAGGAAGAUAAUAUAGAACAAAGCGGAGAAGAGGAAAUAGAGAUUCCGGAGCAGACAGAUCCAGUAACUGAGAGUGAGGAAUGGACAGCUGAUAAACACGCAAGCAGUGUCCAAGAGAAAUCUAACAGCUGCAGUUCUCUUAAUAAAGAGCAUUCUGAUUCUAUUACAACAUAAAAAUGCAUAACUCAGGAAAUUAAAAGAAAAACAUGUAUAUAUAUAUGUAUAUAUACAUAAAAUUAACUGUAAGGGUUGCAGCCAUUACCUUUUAUGCUUCAUCUCAACAUUUUGCACUGUUAAAUGUUUAAUAAGUGUAUUUAAUUCCCAACAGAAAUAUUUUUGUAGUUGUCUUUGUUACUUGUUUCAUUAUGAUCUGUAGCUUAGCUUUUAAUUAACAUCAAAAUGUAUUUCUAAGAGCUAUCUAUGAAAAUUUUGGCAGAUAAGUUCUAGCUUUUUCUGUAAUAGAAACUAAUGUUAAAAGAUAAGUUUUAAGGGAAAUAAUUUUAAAAUGCCUACUUAGGCUCAUAUUUUGAAAGCAGAAGAUACAAGUUUUAAGAUCAACAACAGCUUACCGGCAUUUUCAUUCAGAGUAUCCCACUGUAAUUUUAAUUUCUCUGCCCAUGUUGUUCUAAUGAAAGCAAUGGGAGGGAACUUUUCUGGCUGCUAUAAAAAAAGUGGGGAUAAUGCAUCAAAAAGAAAACAACCCACCUCAUUGAAAGGAAAAGGGUGACUGAUACCAGAAAUGUUUCAUGAUAAGUUUGAAGAAGCUGUUAUUUGGCCUUUGGAAGCAUAUUUCAAAGGCUAUUCAUCUAUAUAGAAAGAUGCAGAUUGUAAUGAAAUAAAAUAAUACCUCUAGAACUUUUAUGAUAGAGGAGGAAACUUAAACCUUGGUGACCAGUGAUGGUCUGUGCUUGUCACAGCUAAUACUAAUUUUCUACAAUUAUGGUAAAGUAAACCAUGAUCACCCUCA